CUCCUAAAUUCAAUUAAAAUUCUAGUUAUUAGAAAGUGAGUGGAUAUGUUUAUCAAUAUGUUGAUUAUGCAUGAAAACUAUUAUUAGGUGUCACUACCUCCCUCUAAUUCAAUGAAAAUUCCCAUUUCAUGCGACAUGACCAAGAGCAUCAUUGAGAUCAUAAAGAAAUUUGAUGAGAUUGCACAUGAUAGAAAAGUUCUUCAUCUUAGUGAAAAAGAAGCACAAAGGAGGCCUCCUUCCAAUAAUGUUAUAAAGAGGUCACCAACAAGUUCUCUUCAGCUUGAAUAUGAUGUUAUUGCAAGGGAGGAUGAAAAGAGAAAGAUAAUUCAAUUGUUAAUGUCUCAUGCAGAGGCAGACAACAUUGUAAUUCCCAUUGUCGGCAUGGGGGGUGUGGGAAAGACAACACUUGCUCAACUCGUAUACAAUAAUCCUGUGGUAUGCCAAUAUUUUUACUGGAAGGUGUGGGUGCAUGUCUCUGAAGAAUUUGAUGUUCUAAGAAUAACACAACAAAUUGUGACAUCUAUUUUGGGUUCAUCCAGACACAAUGAUAUUUAUAACUUAAAUGAUCUUCAUUGUCUACUCAAGAAGACUCUAUUUGAUAAAAAAUAUCUUAUUGUCCUUGAUGAUAUUUGGAACAAGAGAUUAGAUUUGUGGGAGGCCUUCCAAGCACCCUUUUAUGGUACUGGAAUGGGAAAGAUUAUUAUAACAACUCGAUAUAUGCCAGUUGUUGAUAUCAGGGAUAGUCCGCCGCCUCUUCUUCCCCGUCUGGUAAGAGAUUUUUUUUCCUCUUUGCUCUUGAUUUCGUGUAUGGCGGCUUCUCGUAUUCGCGAUUCUGGUUUUCUGAGCGGAAUAGCGACUCCUAUUUCGUUCAAGGAUGCGGUUUCUGGUACUUCGUCAUCCUCUUUUCCUGCUCUGAAUUUUUCUUCCCUUCGAGGCUUGCCGGCGUUGUUUAUUUCGGAGGAUGAAAUUAGGGCGCUUGCUAAACCUUUUGAGUUCUCUUUGGUUGGGCGUUUUCCGGGGCAGAGACCCUCUGUAGAAGCCAUUCGGAAAUUUUGUUUUAGUUUAAAGUUGAUUGGGGAAUUUUCAGUAACUGUGCUCAAUAAUCGGAAUGUUUUGAUAAAACUUGAGAAUGAUUUUGAUUAUUACAGAAUUUUUUCCCAUAGAUCCUAUUUUGUUCAAAAUUGUUAUAUGAAAGUGGUGAAAUGGACUCACCAUUUGGACGUUGAGUUGGAUUCUCCUAUUGUGCCGAUUUGGGUUUCUUUCCCUCUUCUUAGGCCCCAUUUAUUUACUCCUAGAAUUCUCUUUGGUUUAGCCUCUCUUUUCGGUCGGCCCCUCAAAUCCGACUUGGCGACGGCUUCUGGGUCGCGGCCGUCGGUAGCUCGUAUAUUGGUUGAGUUGGAUGUUACCAAGAAACAUGAGGAUAAGUUAUGGGUUGGAUCUGUGGAAUCUGGGUAUAUUCAAACGGUUAUAUUUGAUGAAAUUCCUACUUUUUGUAAUCAUUGUAGUUCUCUAGGACAUUCUAAGGAUGCUUGUCCAAUUUUGCACCCGAAUUGUAAUGUGCCUAAAACUGCGAUAAAUCGUUGUGAAGCUCCGAUGUUGGAGGAACCUGUUGUAGUUGAUGCUCAAAAUGAAAAUGUUAUGCUUGAGUUGAAGGCGUUGGAGUCGGUUCUACCUGUUGUUGAUUCUGAUACUGAUCAGGCUAUUAAGCCAUCAGGUGGUAUUUUGUUGGAUAAAUCUAUGGAGGAUACUGUACUGGUGGAAAAUGUGGUUGUGGUUGAGGCGGAAACUUCUUUGUCACCAAAUGCUGUGCCUUUUUUUCCUUUAUCUGUCGUAACUGAUCAUUUGGCGGUGAAUGAGGCUAUUUCGGUUGACAUUCUGGAGCCGGAUUACAAUGGGAGGUUGGUUUCUAAUGUUGUUUUGCAGGAGUCGGCUCCUACCGAGGGAGAUGGACUGGUUCUGAGGGUUGAAGAUGAUGUUGCGGUUCGAAAUCAGAGUAAUGGUGAUAGUUUGGUUUCGUUGGUGGGGGAAAUAAAUGCUAAUAUGGAAGUGCAGGGAAUGUUGGUUAAUUCUCAAGACUUGGUUACUGUGCCUGUGAAACUAAUGGAAUCCCAAAAUGUUUUGGGUAGUAAGUCUGAAAUGGUUGUUGGACUUCAAUGUGACUGGUUAAUUAAUUCCGCGGAAGAAAAUUCGGGUUCUGAAUCUGUUUCAGAGUCUGAUUAUGAGUUGAAGAUGGGCGAUGAUGUGGCUGGGGCUCCCCUCCUCGUUGAUUUCCUUGUGGCAAUCGUCGGUUUCGUUAUCUUCUGGAUGGUCCUUGCGAGGUCUCGAGGAUGUUGGAUGCUCUGGCUGAUUGCUGAGCCCUUAUUUGGAUUGAGAUUUUACAAUAUUCCUGUUGGCAACAUGGUUCCUCCUCACCUUCUUGAUGCCAUUGUAGUUCUAGUUACCACUGAGGAGAUUAAAGUUGUAGUUUUUGAUGCGGUUUCUUCCUCAGCUCUAGGACCAGAUGGUUUUUCCUCUGAUUUUUAUCAGCAAACUUGGCAUAUUACUAGCUUCAUCGAUUCUUUAGUUAAGGGUUUGGAAAUGGCAGGAACAACUUCUUUUAUCAUCUCCAAUCUAUUGACUUCCUUGGAACGAUUAUCCCAGUUUAUACCUACCUUUACUUCAUUGGCUACAUCUUCCUCAUCAUCCAUAGCACAUAAAGAUGUAACUUUAUCCAAAGUUAAUUGGAUCCAAAAAAGAUUAAUGGAGGAUUUUAUACGAUUGUCGAGGAUGCUGCUAAGAAUUCAAGCAGUCCUUCAUGAUGCCGAGGAGAGGGAGAUCUAUGACAAGGCUAUCCAGCUCUGGCUUAGCAAGCUUAGAGAAGUUGCUUAUGAUGCUGAAGAUGUUUUGGAUCAAUAUGAUUAUCAAGUUAUAAAAACCCAAUUAGAAGGAAUGUCAACAACAGCUAAAGAAAAGCUAGAACAAGUGGAUGAUAUUGAUUUUUUUGGCUAUCGGGUAUCACUACCUCCCUUUAAUUCAAUUAAAAUUCUCAUUUCUUACGACAUGGCCAUGAGGAUCAUUGAGAUCAUAAAGAAAUUUGAUGAGAUUGCAAAUGAUAGAAAAGCACUUCUUCUUAGUGAAAAAGAUGCACCUAGGCAUCCUAGGUGGCCUCAUUUUAAUGAUUUUAUAAAUAGGCCACCAAGUAGUUCUAUUCUACUUGAAUCUGAUGUUUUUGGAAGGGAGAAGGAAAGGAUGAAGAUAUUUCAAUUGUUAAUGUCUGAUUCAGAGAAGGAGAACAUUGUAAUUCCCAUUGUUGGCAUGGGGGGAGUGGGAAAGACGACACUUGCUCAACUUGUAUACAAUGAUCCUAAGGUUUGCCAGCAUUUUAGCCCAAAGGUUUGGGUUUGUGUCUCCGAACAAUUUGAUGUUCUGAGAAUAACAAAAGAAAUUUUGUCAUCCAUUAUGGGUUCAUCCAAGUACAAUUAUUGCAAUAACUUGAAUUAUCUUCAAUGCAAACUCAAGGAUGCUCUAUUAAAUAAAAAAUUUCUUCUUAUUCUUGAUUAUGUCUGGAAUGAGAAAGCAGAUAUAUGGGAAGCCUUACGAGCCUCGUUUUCUAGUACAGUAGUGGGAAAGAUUAUUAUAACAACUCGAUCUAUGUCAGUCUCUCACAUCAUGCAAACAGUGUCCCCACUUCAGCUUGAAUGCUUGCAUGAAGAGGAGUCAUGGUUUUUGUUCCAAAGGCAUGCUUUCCAUGGUUGGAAGCUUGAUCAACAAUUAAAAUUUGAACAAAUUGGGAGGAGAAUUGCUGAGAAAUGUGGUGGAUUGCCUUUGGCUUUAAAAGUUAUUGGUGGAUUUCUACGAAAUGAAUUUAUGGAGCAAACAUGGAAUGAUGUGUUAAACAAUAAUUUAUGGGAUCCCAAAGAAAUUAUUUUGUCUUCAAUAAGGAUAAGCUAUAAUUACUUGCCAUCAUAUCUUAAACCAUGCUUUCUUUAUGCAUCUUUGUUCCCAAAGGGUCAUUACUUUGAGAAACUAGAGUUAAUAAGAAUGUGGAUCGAUCAAGGUUACAUUCAGCUCACAGAAAGAACAAUUUUAUGGGAAGAUAUUGCAGUUGAAUACUUUGAAGACUUGGUGAGAAGGUCAUUCUUUCAAUGCUCAAAACAUAAAGGAUUUAUUUUGCAUGAUAUGAUUUUGAUGAAUUCAAGAACAUCCCCAAAGAUGCAAAGCAUAUAUUCAUAG